GGGACCCACUUGCCCCAGAGGGACCUCCCAGCUCCAGCUCGCCCCACUACACAGCCAGUCUGUGGCUCUCUCCCAGGAAGCCGCCAUGUCUUGCUGCUCCUACCCGGUCAGCACCUGCCGCCGUGUGGCCAACUUCAGCUCUUACUCGGCCGUGACAGUGCGGAACCUGAGCCACUUCCGGGCCAGCUCGGUCUCCUGCAGAAGUGGGCCCGGCUUCCGGGCAGGCUCUGGCAGUCAGAGCAUGAGCAACCUGGCGUCCCACACACCCCGGGUAGCAGCUGUGGGCCCUCGUGCCAUCCACGCCAGAGCUGCCCUUGGUUUUGGCAACGGCAGCAGGGUGGGUCUGGGGUUCAGAGUCGGCAGUGGCCUUGGCCAUGGCUUUGGAGGCCAUGGGUUUGGCUACCGAGUCGGAGGACUCAGAGGCCAGGCAGCUCCAUCUAUCACGGCCGUGACUGUUAACCAGAGCCUGCUGAGCCCCCUGAACCUGGAGAUUGACCCCAGUGCCCAGCGGGUGAAGACGGAUGAGAAGGAACAAAUCAAGAUUCUCAACAACAAGUUUGCCUCCUUCAUCGACAAGGUACGGUUCCUGGAGCAGCAGAAUAAGCUCCUGGAGACCAAGUGGAGCCUCCUGCAAGAGCAGAGAUGUGCCAGCAGCAACCUGGAGCCUCUCCUUGAGAACCACAUCAGCAGCCUGCGCAGGGAGCUGGACGGCCUCAUCAGCGACCAGGCUCGGCUCCAGGCCGAGAGGAACCACACGCAGAACGUCCUGGAAGGCUUCAAGAGGAAGUAUGAAGAGGAGGUGGGCUUCCGGGCCAAUGCUGAGAACGAGUUCAUAGCUCUGAAGAAGACUGUGGACGCGGCUUUCCUGGGGAAGUCGGACCUGGAGGCCAACAUGGAUAUCCUGACGCAGGAGCUGCACUUCCUAAGGGCGCUGUUUGCGGAGGAGACCCAGCUGCUGCAGUCCCAUGGCUCGGAGACCUCGGUGGUAGUGAAGAUGGACAACAGCCGGGACCUGAAUCUCGACGGCAUCAUCGCAGAAGUCAAGGCCCAAUAUGAGGAGGUGGCCAGGCGCAGUCGGGCGGAUGCCGAGGCCUGGUACCACAACAAGUACGAGGAGAUGCGGAUGACAGCUGGCCAGCACCGGGACAACCUGCGCGUCACUCGCAACGAGAUCAACGACCUGAGCCGGCUGAAACAGAGGCUGAAGGCAGAAGUGGAGCACACCAAGGCACAGCGCGCCAGGCUAGAAGCCGCGGUGGCCGAGGCGGAGCAGCAGGGCGAGGCGGCCCUGAGCGACGCCGGCUGCAAGCUGGCCGAGCUGGAGGCCGCCCUGCAGCGGGCCAAGCAGGACCUGGCCCGGCAGCUGCGCGAGUACCAUGAGCUCAUGAACGCCAAGCUGGGCCUGGACCUCGAGAUCGCCACCUACCGGCGGCUGCUGGAAGGCGAGGAGAGCCGGAUCUGUGAAGGUGUCGGACCCGUGAACAUAUCCGUGAGCAGCUCCCGGGGCGGCCUGCUGUGCGGGCCUGAGUCCUCGGUGGCCAGCUCCACCCCCACCCGCGGCGGGGUCACCUUCUCAGGCAGCAGCGGUGUCCACACCACCACGGGCACGGCCUCUACCCCCAGCAGCCCCUGUCCCCUGGCCACAGAGGGCGGCUUUAGCAGCCACAGCUCCAGUGUCCGCUUUGCGUCCACCACCACCUCCCACCGGACCAAAUACUAAGAGCCCAGACAGCCGCUGGCCAGAGAAGACCCAGGCCGUGGACUCAGUCGCCCCUUCUGCCAGGACGUGGCUGUCUCAUCCGCAGCCGCAGCCGGCUGGCCUGCCCCUCCCCCCCUUGCUCGGGAUCGCAGGAUUCCAGUCUCGGGGGAGAAGGGGGACCAGUUCAGCACCUUAAAGAAAGCCUCAGGCUACCAUCUGCAUCUGUGGUUUCGGACCAGCCUGGAGGUGCGACCCAGCCCUGCAUCUUUCUCUCUCCCUCCUCUUCCUCUCCCCGAUUUCUAGCUCUUUCUUCUCCUCCUGACCCAGGAGGAUCCACAGGUCCCGGAGCUCCAGAGACUGUUCUUCCCCCAGUAGCUGAUGUCCUGGUUGCCUCUCUCUGGGUGUGCGAAUCCACGGGGCGGGUGGUGUGGGGGGAGGGGGCAGGGGAGAGGGGGUCUGCAGGGCGGCCUGAGCCUCUGCCCGAGUUGGUCGGGGGAGGGUUUUCCUCUGCCGGCUGCUGUAGGCCUGGGGAGUGGAGCGUGGUGCCCCUGUGUGUUCCCGUGCUUGCAAUAAACUUGCCCGGCCAGCUCUGUGACAGCCCCGGCCUCUCCUUGGACACCAGACAGCAACGCUAGACUGCCCCAGCCCCGUCUGCCACCACCGAGGCCUCGCCAAAAGCAGGGGUGGGGGCCCUGGGCACUGAGGAGGAGGGGCAAGCCUUCCCUGGCUCACAGCACUGCGGGUUCAGCCCCAUGGCCCCCACCCUGACUCGCAGAGAAGGAAGGCGCCCUCCUGCUAACCAUGGGGAACAACUUCCCACAGUUCCCCAGGUUCCAGCCUGCAGCCAGGUGCCCUGGGAUCCCUGCAGGGAAUCCCCACCCCGUCCCCCACCCCCACUCUUGUCCCGUCUGACUCACUGAUCCUGAUUCUGCCAGAGAUGUCUUUCCCACACAGAAACCAGCCCUGGCUCUCCCCGAUCACAGUUCCUGGGAGGGCACUGGGCACUUGCCCCAUGGCCUUCUAGAAGCAGCCAAAGCUCUUGACAUGGUGUAAAAGACCAGUGUGGGUGCUGGUGUUGUGACGCAGCAGGUAAAAGCCGCCACCUGCAGUGCUGGCAUCUCAUAUGGGCUCUGGUUCGAGUCCCGGCUGUUCCACUUCUGAUCCAGCUCUCUGCUAUGGCCUGGGAAAGCAGUGGAAGAUGGCCCAAGUCCUUGGGCCCCUGCAACCAUGUGGGAAACCCGGACAAAGCUCCUGGCUCCUGGCUUCAGUCUUGUCCAUCAAUGGCUGUUGCAGCCAUCUGGAGAGUAAACCAGGAGAUGCAAGAUCUCUCUCUCUCUCUCUCUCUCUCUCUCUCUCUCACACACACACACACACACAUACACACACACAC